UCCCAUCUCCACAAUCCUGUCUGAACUUGCUCUGCAUCUCACUCGCACGGCAUCCCGCACGGCAUCCCGCACGACAUCCCCACUGGCCAGGAUAUUGCUCCCCGCAUAUACGACCAAGACCCAGCCUUGAAUCUCGCCCUACACAUCCUCACCUACCAUGGCGGCUCAACCCAGCAUCUUCAGCGGAAUUCUCUCGGCCCAGCGUCCCGGCGAUAAGAGCGUCCAGGGCCACUCCCAGCCUGUCCAGAUCGAGUUCAUCAGCGGCCCAUCCAAGACCCAUGCCCUCGCCGUCCACCACAACCCGUCGCAAGUCACCAUGGUCCCGAUUUCGCCGGCGCUCUAUUUUCACUUUGAGCAGGCCGCUCUGCUGUUCUCGUGGGUUCCGCCAGAUCCUUCCGGCGGUUCCGGAAUCCGCAGCCCGCUGUAUAUUUCUCUGCCGGACCAGGCUUCCUUCUGGGACUUUCUGACCCAGUUUGUGCGCUGCCUACAGCAAGCCAAGCAUGGCCAGGUCCCCGUUGGCGACGACCUCGACUAUCUCCGAGAGGUUUACAGCGAGCCCAUGGAUAUUGAUGAGCCCGAGAAGCCACCAGCUCGACCCACAAGCACCCGAGCGAAACCGUCUGCAUCUUCCCGCACACCCGGCCGAGGCACACCCGGCCGAGGCACCGUCAAGAGUGCCUCGCCUGCAAAGACCACUAUAAGGCAUUAUGAAAGUGUCCGAGCCGCCGACGAGUCGGCCCACAGCGGCGACGAGACCGAGAACCAGGCUGAGGAGGAAGAGGAAGAAGAAGAGCAAGAGGAAGAGGAGGAGCACAAAAACCGUCGUCGCAGCAUCCGGAGCUCCUUAUCCAGCGGCUCAAAGCGGUCCUCGCUGUCACGGCCAUCGAUUCCAAACUCGGAGCUGGUGAUCGGCAUCCGCCACCAACAGUCCUAUGUCGUCAGCGGCGAGACCAUUACUGUCCUCAAGUACGACGACAACAAGCUCAAACCUGAUGUCUCCGUGAACGUCACCAAUCUCAGCCGCAAGGGCUUCAGCCCAUCCAAGGUGCAUCUCUACGACAGCGACUCGUCGUUGCUGAUGAUGGACGCCGCUGAGUCGUCCAAGCUCUACAGGAUGGAUCUCAACGUCGGCAAGAUUGUCGAGGAAUGGCAAGUCGACGACCGCACCCCGAUCACCGACAUUGUGCCGGACAGCAAGUACGCCCAAACUCGUCCUCAGAACAAGGUCGUUGCGUUCAACUCCAACUCCAUCUUCAGCAUCGAUCCGCGACUCGCCGGAAACAAGCGAGUCGAGAGCGACACCAAGCAGUACUCUGGCAACCCAAAGUUCAGCUCAUGCGCAACCACAGAGAAGGGGCAGCUGGCCGUCGGCAGCGACGGUGGCGACAUCCGGCUCUUCAGCAAACUGCCAGCAAGCCGAGCCACGACGCUGUUUCCGUCGCUGGGCGACCCCAUCCUGGCCAUCGACACCUCCAACGAUGGUCGCUAUGUGCUCAUCACCUGCGGCGACUACCUGCUGCUUCUGGACACAUCCCUGAAGCACAACCCUGCCACCAACGGGUUCUCCACCCGCAUGAGCGCCGACAGCCGCCAGGCACCAAAGCGGCUCCAGCUCAAGCUCGAGCACAUUACUCUUCUUGGUGGACAGAUCGAGUUCACGCCGGCAAAGUUCAACUGUGAAGAGGGCGUCGACGAACCCACCUCGAUCCUCACCUCCAGCGGCGUCUUCGUCAUCAAGUGGAACUUUCGCAAGAUCAAGUUGGGCAAGCUGUACGAGUACACCAUCCGCAAAUGCGCUGGCACUAUUGUCGCCGACCAGUUCAAAUAUGGCUCGGAUCGAGCCAUAGUGGUGGCUCUGUCGCAUGACGUCAAGCUUCUCCAGGGCAACCUCGAUCGGCCCGAGAGCAUCUUGAAGAAAGAGAGGGCAUAGAGGCGCCUUUUUGUUGAUAUCGCCUGUUGAUCCUUCAUGUUGAUCUCGGUGCUGGGAUGCACUCCCCACCCACGAGGCGGAGAGGCACACAUAUCUAUCUUCGCAAACUCGAUCCCGAUCAACCCAAUCAACCCGAUGCCGAAUCCUCCCUUCUGCCACACCUGUCGUUUGCAAAUCUCUCCUGAUUCGCACCACCACCCCCGCUCUACACACACUAAUACUCAAUCACCCUGGAUCUGAUGGUGGCCCGUCCUGUUACUCUCCGAAUAUACACUGGCGACCACUCUAAAUCGGGGUCGCGG